AUGCUUUGCUCUUGGAAGCACUCAAUCGCGUUGUUACUGACGGUUCUUGGACCGUUUAUUGGUCUUGUACAUGCACAACACACAAACAAUUGGGCAGUUUUGGUAUCAACUUCACGAUUCUGGUUCAACUAUAGACAUAUGGCGAACGUUCUCAGCAUGUAUAGAACUGUCAAGCGACUUGGAAUACCGGACUCGCAAAUUAUACUGAUGCUAAGUGAUGACGUAGCAUGCAAUUCGAGGAAUUUGUUCCCAGGAAGCGUGUUUAAUAACCAAGACCACGCAAUUGAUCUAUAUGGGGAUUCUGUCGAGGUUGACUACCGCGGCUAUGAGGUUACCGUUGAGAAUUUUAUAAGAUUGCUCACCGACAGAUGGUCCGAGAGCCAGCCCAAAUCUAAGAGGCUUCUGACAGACGAAAACUCCAACAUAUUUAUCUAUAUGACUGGCCACGGUGGUGACGACUUUUUAAAGUUCCAAGACGCAGAGGAAAUUGCUUCUGAGGACAUUGCAGACGCCUUUGAACAGAUGUAUGAGAAGAAAAGGUAUAAUGAGAUUUUCUUUAUGAUCGACACUUGUCAGGCUAAUACAAUGUAUUCAAAAUUCUAUUCGCCUAAUAUCCUGGCGGUCGGGUCAAGCGAAGUUGAUGAAAGUUCCUUCUCACAUCACUCAGACGUUGAAAUUGGUGUCGCGGUCAUUGACAGAUUCACUUACUACAGUUUGGAAUUUUUGGAGCAAAUUGAGAAGAACUCUUCUCUGACUUUGAAAGACCUGUUCGAUUCGUACACAUUCGAGAAAGUUCAUUCUCACGUCGGUGUUAGAACUGAUCUCUUCAAGAGAGAUCCCAAAGAUGUUUUGAUCACAGACUUCUUCGCAAACGUUCAAAAUAUAGUCCCAGACAAUGUCGAUGCGAAUGGGUAUAUCUACGAGAGUACGGACAACGAUACUUUUGUUCAGAAUGUUUUAAACUUGGCUUUAGAGAGAACAACGGAUGAAAAUGAGGAUGAUCAACAUGAAAGAAAUCAGUUUUUCCACCAACAUUUCACUAGAACAAGCGACCUAACUCAAGAAAUCGAACUAGUUCCUAUAGCGGGCAUUAGGUCUCGCGUUUGGGCCGUCGGCAUGAUAUUAAUAUCGACUGUGACGUAUUUUCUGCUUCAAGGAAAGCAUUCGAAGCCCGCUCGACGGGAGCUCUUUAGCUCGCUGAAUUGA